AUGUCAGAUUUAAACAAAGAAUGGGAAAAAGUACAAGAAAUGGCCUUUACAUCAUGGGUCAACUCAGUAUUGGAUAAGCGUGGUGCUGGCAAGAUCAAUGAAGUUAGCAAAGACUUGAGCAAUGGUGUCAAGUUGAUCUACUUCCUCGAAGGUGUCUCUGGCAAGAAGUUCACCAAAAAGAUUGACCCAGAUCCCAAGACUCGUAUUCUUAGCAUUCAAAACCUUCAUUUGGCUAUGAUCUUUGUUGAUGAAGAUCUUAAAGUAAAGGUUCAAGGUGUUGCUGCUGAAGAAUUUGUUGAUUGUAAUAAAAAGAUGAUUUUAGGUUUCUUAUGGACUCUUUAUCGUAAAUAUCGUAUUGCAGUCAUCAAUGAAGGAGACAAAUCAUCUGAAGAAGGUCUUUUGGCAUGGUGCAAAAAGACAACCGACGGAUACAAGGGUGUCAACAUUACCACCUUUAAGCAAUCGUUCAAGGAUGGUACCGGCUUUUUGGCCUUGGCCCACAAGUAUGACACCAGUGCCUUCUCGUACGACGAAUACGAAUCCAAGGACCAAAUUGCCCGUCUCAACGCUGCCUUUGACUUUGCCGAGAAGGGUUUGGGCAUUCCCAAGCUUUUGGAAGCCGAGUCACUCUCCAAGGGUCAAGUAGACGAGCGUUCCAUCAUUUUGUACACCUCGCUCUUUUUCCAUGCCUACCGUGCCAAGGAAGAGCGUGAAGCUUUGGAAGCCAGCCAAAACUCACUCCAAAACACACUCUCUUCACUCGAAGGUGCCCUCCAAGGUGAGAAGUUGUCACAAGAAGAGUUGGCCAAGCAAAAGAAGGACCUCGAAAAUACAUUGAACGAAUUGCGUGCCCAAAACGAAGCACGUAACAAAAAGAUCUCUGACAUCCAAGCCAGAAUCGACGAUGCCUUGAGAGGAAUUGAUGAUGAGCGUAUGGCCAAGCUCGACUUGGAAGCCCGUCUCUCCAAGACUGAAAAGGACAAGGCUAUCCUCGAACUCAAGUUGCAAGAGAUGCGUGACGAAAAGGAACGUUUGGAAAAGAAGUUGGAAGAAGACAGAAAGAGAGCCGCCGCCGAACAACAAGGUCUUGGUCUCCUCAGACACCACAUCUCUCACCAAAUCAACGAUAUUGCCAAAUGGCAAUCAUUCCUCGACAACCCAGAUGCCAUCCCAUACAACAAGGCUCAAGUCAACUUGGACGCCGAACUCGCCUCUCUCAUCUUUGAAGAACAAGCCAAGAAACUCGGUGCUCGUGUCGAAAAUGAAAACAUCCAAUUGGGUAAAUACCUUGCCGACAAGGAAGAUGAAAUUAAAAAUGCUGGUGCUCCAAAAAAGAGAACAAAUAGACCAACCAACCCAGAUUAA